AUGCGAGAUCUGGAGCGCUGGCCAGAUGAGAUCAGCGUAAGCAAUGUUCACAAUUUUGCGCAUGUGACCGGCUCGGCCUGGAAGCCAGAAGCCAGAGUCGAACAGCCCGUCGUCGUCUCCCUUUCACUCCUCACUUGCAUUCAGCCUGCUGGCUCUUCAGACGACCUCGUCAAAUCCGUCAGCUAUGCGGACCUUGUGCAAAGAAUCGAAGCGACCAUCUCGGAACAAUCUUUCAAUUCUCUACUAGGGUUGUUGCUGCAUUUGCUCGAUAAGCUCUUCGACAACGAGCUCGCGACUUUCGCCGACCAACUGCGAGUCGAAAUCUGCCUGCCUAAAGCGCUGCAUCAAGCUGAAGGCGUCUCUGUGUCUGUUGAAACCUGUCGGGAGCAGCACAGAUCGAAGCGCUCGAUACCCUGGACGCUGCAGCUAAAAGGUCUCGCCGUUUCAGCGAUUCUUGGCGUCUUUGAUUUCGAGCGCCAGACCGAACAACCUCUUGUGCUUGAUCUCGCCGCACAAUUCGAGCUAGGAGCCUCGCGAAGCAGCAUCAACGACAUGGUGACAUGGCCGAGCAAGCUCGCGAGCUACGCCACGGCACACUUGCGGUCAUAUCGGCCAAAGUUGCUGGAGACGUAUUGCGAAACUUUGCCCGCCGCUCUGCAUCGGAUACCCGAUUGGAACCUCAGAAGUGUACAUACCUCAAUAUACAAACCCUCUGCCCUGGUCAAUGGGCGACCCUGUGUCUCUUCGCUGCGAUUUGCGCCAAGGCACAGACCCUCAGCUCGGCUUGCAGAUGAGUGCCCCUCAGCACAACGGCGGAGCAAUGCGAACGGGCACUUGUCUCACGAAGUGACACUCGGGAUCGGAUCCAACAUCGGCGAUCGCAUGGCGAACAUCGAGCAGGCACUGGCAUUGCUGACUGCGAAUGGUGAUACACGCAUCACAGGCUCCAGCCUGGUAUACGAGAGCCAACCGAUGUACAUGCUCGAUCAAGCGUACUUUCACAAUGCUGUCAUCAAGAUUGCAACAACGCUAUCACCACAAGGUCUACUCGCGCGGAUCAAAGAAAUUGAAGCCAAGCUUGGCAGAAGGAAGACGAUAGACAACGGUCCGCGAGAGAUUGAUCUCGAUAUCUUGUUCUACGACGACGUUUCGAUAGACGAGCUGGAGCCACGGCCCUUGAUCGUACCUCAUCCUCGUAUCCACGAGCGCGAGUUUGUCUUGCGGCCAUUAGCCGAUAUUGAGCCUGAUCGUAUCCUGGGCAGCAGCGGCCUCACAGUCGCGAAUGCGCUCAGAUCUAUCAGUGUCGUUUCGCCCGCCGAAGCGGCAGUGCGUCCUGCGUUGCAAUCGAAGCGGACACGCAUCAUGUCGGUCAUCAACGUCACGCCAGACUCAUUCUCGGACGGUGGCGAUCAUGCAUCGCCCGAUGCUGCUGUGCAAGCUGCCCGCGAACACGUCGCGCAAGGCGCAGAUAUACUUGACAUUGGUGGUGUCAGCACUCGGCCAGGCGCGGCAGAGGUCAGUGAACAAGAGGAGCUUCGACGAGUGAUCCCAGUGAUUACCGCGAUACGCUCGGCGCAUCCGAAGACUCUGAUCAGCAUCGACACCUUCCGGGCCAACGUUGCAAAAGCCGCAGUACAUGCUGGCGCUAAUUGGAUCAACGACGUCUCCGGCGGCACACUAGACGCAGCGAUGCUGUCCACAGCAGCUCAGCUUGGCGUGCCUAUUGUGCUCAUGCACAUGCGUGGUACACCGUCGACAAUGAGCAAGCUGACAGACUAUGGAGACGAUGUGAUGGCAGGCGUAUGCACUGAGCUCGCUGCCAACGUCAGUAGGGCAUUGCAGGCCGGUGUACUGCGAUGGAACAUCAUUCUAGAUCCUGGCAUCGGCUUUGCAAAAGAUCUUGCAGGUAAUUUAGCAAUACUGCGCGAGCUACCACGCCUGCACGAGGCACAGCUGCCAGACGGCAGUCGACUCGGAUCGAUUGAGAUCCUCGUAGGCGUCUCCCGCAAGAAGUUCCUGGGCACGCUCACUCAUCGCGACGAGCCAAAGGAGAGGGUCCAUGCGACUGCGGCUGCGUGCACGGCAGCGAUUGCAAAGGGAGCGAGCAUAUUGCGCGUUCACGAUGUCGCGGCAAUGAAGGAUGUAGCUGCUGUGGCAGACGCUCUUUAUCGUGAUACUGCAUUCUAG